GAGCUCCGAGUCCGAAGUCGCUUCUAGGGUUCCUGGUGUUUACGUCGCCGCCGCCGCCGCCGCCGCCCAAGGCUUCGACAAGAUGGUUUUGCCAAACGAUGUCGACCUCCUCAACCCCCCCGCGGAGCUCGAGAAAAGGAGGCACAAGCUCAAGCGUCUCGUUCAAUCUCCCAACUCCUUCUUCAUGGAUGUCAAGUGCCAAGGAUGCUUCAACAUUACUACGGUGUUUAGCCACUCCCAGACUGUCGUGGUUUGUGGAAACUGCCAGACCGUGUUGUGCCAGCCGACCGGCGGGCGCGCAAAGCUCACCGAAGGCUGCUCUUUCCGGCGGAAGGGUGACUGAGCUCGGUAUAUGCUCUUCUUCCUUUCCUUUGGCAGAUUCGGAGAAGCUUGAAAUCAGAGGGAUGUCGUGCGAGUCUUAAUUUUAGCGAUUAGUAAGGCCAAUAUACAACGCAUGUGAUGCAGACACCUUUUCUCACUUAGUAAUUUGAAUCUGUAUCUGAAGUUUUUCCUCUCACGAGUGGAUUACUAUUAAGAAUGGUAAAUUCUGCUCCUUUUCUACUGGUUCAAUCGAGAUGCUAUGGUAAUUUUUUUGUUUGCUUGA